AUGGCAAACCUCGCUGCCCCGCCAAAAAGCUCCACACGGAGCUCAGACUCGUCUUUGUAUCUCAUCUCCUCAGACGACGUCGUUUACGAGCAAGACAUCCUGCGUGAUCCUGGAUCUAUCAAACCCUGGUUGAUCUACAUUGACUACAAGCACCAGCAUGGCACACUUCUCGAACAAGCCUUCAUACUCGAGAGGGCUUGCAUACAGCUGCCGCGUUCUUACAAACUUUGGAAAAUGUACCUGGAAUUGCGGAUCAAGCAUCUUCGCAACAAAAAUUCUGCGAUAUACUCGGCAGAGUACGCAAAGGUUAACGCACUUUUCGAGCGAGCACUGAUUUUGCUGAACAAAAUGCCGAAGAUAUGGGAAAUGUACCUCUCUUUCUUGAUGAAGCAGCCUCUUGUCACUCCCACGCGGCGCACUUUCGACAGAGCUUUACGAGCACUGCCAAUUACGCAACAUAACAGACUAUGGGCCCUCUAUAGACCUUUCGCCAACUCUGCGUCUGGAGAUACAGCGAUCAAGAUCUGGAGGCGAUACAUGCAAAUUCACCCAGAGGAUAGCGAGGAUUUCAUAGAACUCUUGAUAGAGAACGGCCGAUACACCGAAGCUGUCAGAAAAUACGUGGAUAUACUGAAUAAACCCAAAUUUCGAAGCAAGCACACGAAAAGCAACUUCCAGUUGUGGAGUGAAAUGGUGGAUCUUUUGGUCACACGAGCAAAGGAAAUUGAGACAGGAGGCGAUGUUGGCAUGGAUACUGAGAAAAUUAUACGCAGUGGCAUAGAGAGAUUUGCAGACCAACGCGGGAAGCUUUGGGCAGGGCUUGCAACGUACUGGAUCACAAGGGGCAAUUUUGAAAGAGCGCGGGAUGUUUUUGAAGAAGGCAUCACAACCGUUAUGACUGUCCGAGAUUUCACCAUUGUCUUUGAUUCCUACGCGGAGUUCGAGGAAUCUAUCAUUAGUACCCUGAUGGAUGCUGCGGCCGUGCGGUCCGACAAGGGCAAGGUCAACGAGAAUGCCGACUUUGACCUGGACAUCCGAAUGAUGCGCUUCGAGCAACUUAUGGAUCGACGACCGUUCUUAGUGAACGAUGUACUUUUGCGCCAAAAUCCAAACAACGUCAAUGAGUGGGAGAAAAGGGUGGUCCUCUGGGGAGACAACAAGAAGGAAGUGGUCCAAACUUACACGGAUGCGAUUGCGGCAGUGCAACCAAGGAAAGCCGUUGGCAAGUUUUAUGGAUUAUGGCUGAAUUAUGCGAAGUUCUACGAUGAGGGUGGAGACCUUCGCACCGCACGCAUCAUCACCGAGAAAGCUGUUAAUGUGCCAUUCAAGUCGGUGGCUGAGCUUGCAGAGAUGUGGUGCGGUUGGGCCGAGAUGGAGCUUAGGAACGAGAACUUUGAUCGAGCUGUGGACAUCAUGGCGAAGGCCACCCAGGCGCCGAAAAGGUCCACAGUCGAUUACUUCGACGAGACGCUUUCGCCGCAGCAGCGAGUCCACAAGAGCUGGAAGUUAUGGAGCUUCUAUGUGGAUCUGGUGGAAAGCGUAAGCACCUUAGAAGAGACGAAGAAAGUCUACGAAAGGAUCUUUGAACUUCGAAUAGCCACUCCACAGACUGUGGUCAACUUUGCUAACCUAAUGGAGGAAAACAAGUACUUCGAGGAAUCUUUCAAAAUCUAUGAGCGCGGCUUGGAUCUCUUCAACUACCCAGUCGCCUUUGAGUUGUGGAAUCUAUACCUGACAAAGGCGGUGGACCGCAAAAUUGGGAUUGAGAGAUUGAGGGAUCUGUUCGAGCAAGCUGUCGAAGGCUGCCCGCCCAAAUUUGCGAAGGGUCUAUACCUUAUGUAUGGAAGUUUAGAAGAGGAGCGCGGUCUCGCUCGGCACGCCAUGCGAAUCUACGAGAGGGCCACUCGCGCCGUGUCGGAUGACGAUAAGUUUGAGAUGUUCAACUUCUAUAUCACGAAAUCUGCCUCGAAUUUCGGACUCACUUCAACACGUCCCAUCUACGAGAGAGCCAUUGCCGCGUUGCCCGACAAAGAAGCCCGUGAAAUGUGUCUCAAAUUCGCCGAGAUGGAACGACGACUGGGUGAAAUCGACAGAGCUCGAGCCAUAUAUGGGCAUGCUUCGCAGUUCUGCGAUCCAAGAACUACCCCAACAUUCUGGCACAAGUGGGAGGAAUUCGAGGUGCAGCAUGGCAACGAAGAUACAUUCAAGGAAAUGCUUCGCAUCAAGCGGAGUGUGCAAGCUCAGUACAACACCGAUGUCAACUUCAUUGCGUCACAAGCACUCGCGAGAAGUCAGCAAAGACCCGAAGACAGAGAUAACGAGAAUGGCGAAGGUGAAUCAAAUGAGCAAGCGGAUGCGAUGGCUACGCUGGCACGCCAAGCUCGUGCACCGGUGGGCUUUGUUGCCGCGAGCACUGGCCCCCAAGGCGGAAAUAUUCCUCCACCAAAGGAACCAGCGAUGGCUGCCAACCCUGAUGCGCUGGAUGUCGAUCUUGAGGAUGAGUGA